UCAGUUAAAAAAACAAACAAAUUUCUUUAAAAAUAAAGUGGCUACAGUGUAAAAUAAAUUCAAAUUGAAAUCGAAAGCAGUUUUUUUUUAAUAAGACAGUUAGGUAACUAGGUAACCAUGACUACCUUUCAAUAUAUCAUUUUUUUCUUUUUUGUUUUUGUUCUAUCGAUGACGCCACUUCCCGUGUCCCAGGCAAAAUGCAUAGCCGGCCAAUAUCUCUCGACUAAAAGUAAAUGUCUAAAAUGUCGAAAAGGAACUUUUAGGGAUGCUGACAAUCAUUCUAAUCUACCAUGUCAUCUGUGUACGCCAUGUAACACAAUAAAUAUGUACGAAGCAGUGAAAUGCCACCAUACCAGCGAUACAAUAUGCUGCCCUGGGCCUGCAAUGAUAGUAGAGAAAAAUAAUGGCGUCAAUGAUUGUAGUCAACCAUCGACAAAUAGAAGCUACUGUUGUGUAGAAAAAACAAAAACAGCUACUAAAUAUCUUGUGUCCGGACCACUAUCUAAAGAUGAAAUGUUAAAGUUGAUAUCUACAUCUCCGGAAAAUUUUGUUUGUCAGAGAGGAACAUACCUCCAAAAGGACCAAGCAAAAUCAAUCUUGUCUUGUCUGCCUUGCCCUCUCGGAACAUUCAUGUCUCAUGACAACCACAAAUUCACCUCCUGCCAACCAUGCACGCAACCUGAAAGAUUCAAUCACGAGGUUAUGGUCAAGAAAUGUACCUCAACACACGACACUGUCAUCGGUUGCAGUGAACACUAUUACCGAGUAGAGCGUAAGUUCCGGGACUUUAACGAAGGAGAGUGCCAGAGGUGCACAGACUGCACUGCCCAUGGUCUGUACGUGGCGCAAGCCUGUGACGACCAGACGGACACCGUGUGCUGUCCAAAACUUGGGAUGACGAUACAGAUAGACCAGCAUGGAAAAUAUCAGUGUAAAUAGAGAACAUGUCAGUGUAAAUAAAGAACAUGUCAGUGUAAAUAGAUGCGUAUUGUAGAACAAGUGUGAACUGCGAUUUCUCUUUUAAAUUCUGAUUUCUUAAGUAGUCUGGUUAAAGAAUAGUUAGCAGAUUUCUAAAAUAUAUGCCUUACCUAACCACAAUUUUCAAGAUUAUAAUUGCCAACAGCAUCUUUUGAAAAUGAGAAUAGAAGUUUUAUUAAACAUCCAAAUCAGAUGGGAAUAAGCCACUAUCCAAAGUACAAAACCUUGUUUAACAAAGAAUCCCAAAUGUCAACUGCACUUAAGAUAUUGAAUAAACUCCUGUAUUGAUUAACCUCAGAAAACAUUCGACUUCUCGGCGGGCCGGAUUGAACCACGUCGCGGGCCGGAUAUAGCCAGCGGGCCGUAUUUUGGGCAUCACUGGUCUACAGAAAGGUAAUUGGAGGCCUUAGGUAAUUGGAGGCCCUAGGCACAAUGAAUUUGAUUGCCCCAAAUGAAUUAACUAAAUAUAAAUAAGCAUCGCAAAAAUAAAAUUAUGUGAUUCAUCUAAAACAGCAAUGCUCUUUUGUCUAACAUAAGCAGUAUAACAAUUAGAUUCCAACAUUGUCCAUAAACCCUAGGUCAUAGUUGAGGCUUAGAGCUAGGCUAGUAGACAUAAAUAUUUAUACUAAACGAGGCUCCAUACUAUUUGGAGUGCAUAGGCGGCUACCUAAUUUGUCAAUGCCUAAGGCCGGCCCUGCGUCAGACAUUAUCUUCUCGAUUGAAGUAAUGUCUGUAAUGUAUAAGGAAUCUUUAUAGAUCAAAUAAAAAAUUCGAAAUUUCUCUAGAUUAUUAUAACACGUAGUGUAUAUACUUUGCAAGUAAGUAAUGACUAUUUAUUUAAAGUACUUCCAUAAUGUAAGUAUGACUAACUUUGUAUAGUUUUUUUUUUCUUAGACCAUGUCUCGAAUGUGGACAUUUGCUAAAUAGGAAUACUUGUUUGGCAGGUGGGUGGAAGGUACGGAGGGGUGAAUACUUAUUUUAACUAAGAUAUUUUGUUUUAAGAUCUGACUCGAGCUGGCCUGUUCUUGCUGAACGCAUAAAGGCAGCACGAUAAUCUCGGCCCUCUGCCUACAAGCCCAUUAAAGACAUUAGGUAAAAGAUAUUACAACAGAGGCCUAGUGUUGUAGACGGUCGUUGACUUGUAGCACCAAACUUAUGGUAAGCAAUAGAAUCGCUUUAAGCGUAUUAUAUUUUAAAUCAUAAAACCUGAAUUAACUUGAGUUAAUUCUUUGCGAACAAGACUAAAUCGAACUUUUAUUACAGUAUACGCAAAGUCAGCUUGAGAUAAAAUGAAAUAAUUGUAGAAGAUUUUAGUAACUCUUCCAGCCCUGAGUCCCUGAAACACCAGGUAACUUCUACAGCCGGUUAAUCUUCAAUUUAAGAUUGUCAUAAUUUGAUCACGUUGCCACUUAAGAAUUGUUUUUUAACGUUAUUGGAUAGCGUACUGUAAUUUUGAUAAAUUAUUGCAAUCUCAAAUGCUUUUCAAUCAAUUAAAUUUUGAUCACGUCUUUUGAUAUAUACUGUUUUGUCUGUUUGUACAGGUCUCUAAGUAUGUAAAAAGUUGAUUCGAGAAAUUCUGGAGAUGAAUAUUUAUAGUAAAAUGAUUUUUUGUUCCGAAUGAGAUCAUAUGUCAAGGUCACGUGCUGGUGACCUAAUUUCGCAACCUUUUCUUUAAAAAAAUUGUCUGCUGAUAUGGCAGGUCUGCAGCUAUAUCGUCCUCUGAAUGGCAACUACAGUUUGCUUAGGGAUCAUUAUUAUUAGUAGUAGUAGUAUUACUAUUAUUAUUAUUAUUCUUUUUGCAACAUUACUAUUAGUAUUUUUUGAAAUAUUGUUAUUACAAUUAAUAUAACUACUAUUACAAUUAUUUUUACUUUUAUUAUUAAUGUACUUGGCCAUGCUACUUGACCUACCUCAAUAAGCUCUGGUCCAACCCUCAAUAAGCUCUGGUCCAACCCUCAAUAAGCUCUGGUACAACCCUCAAUAAGCUCUGGUCCAACCCUCAAUAAGCUCUGGUCCAACCCUCAAUAAGCUCUGGUCCAACCCUCAAUAAGCUCUGGUCCAACCCUCAAUAAGCUCUGGUCCAACCCUCAAUAAGCUCUGGUCCAACCCUCAAUAAGCUCUGGUCCAACCUUCAAUAAUUUCUGGUCCAACCUUCAAUAAGCUUUGGUCCAACCUUCAAUAAGCUCUGGUCCAACCCUCAAUAAGCUCUGGUCCAACCUUCAAUAAACUCUGGUCCAACCUUCAGUAAGCUUUGGUCCAACCUUCAAUAAGCUCUGGUCCAACCCUCUUUAGCCAGGGCGAAUCUAGGUAAAUAGGUUCGUUUUUUUUUUUUUUUUUUUUUUUUUUUUACGAGUGUUAUAUUAUCUCACUGCUAUUUGACACCUUUGUUCUCCGACUUACCGUUCUUGGAUCAUGUAAUAAUUUUACAUAUAUAUUUAUUGCCAAUAACAACGCACGAAUCAAUAAAAAAAUUAAACAAUUCA